UACGAGAUCGCACAUAGAGUUGUUGUUCAGGCUGGGGUCCUGAGAGUGGGGUUCAGAGCAGCCAGUGUCCCGUCUGGCAGGAAGCACUCUGCAUUCGCAGCGACGUGCCUUGAGUGGACAAAUCAUGCUGAUUGUGUGGGAGAGAAACCCAGCGCUGCUCCCAAGAUGAAGGCAGAGAGGGAGGCAUCAUGCAAAAAGACAGCCGUUCCUUCACUGUUUAUUCUCCUAUGGCUUUUCAUCUUUUCCUUGGCAGGUGGGGUGAACAUCAGCAGCCCGUCUCCUCUAGUGCGAGGUACACUCGGAGGCUCCGCCCUUCUCUCCGUGACCUACACCAGCACCAGCUCCGACCAGCCCGUUAUUAAGUGGCAACUGAAAAGAGACAAACCCAUCACUGUGGUCCAGUCCAUUGGUACGGAAAUCAUUGGGAACCUUAGGCCCGAGUACCGAGGUCGAAUCCUCCUGUAUGAGAACGGCUCCCUGCUCCUGCAUCACCUGCAGCUGUCUGAUGAGGGCUCAUAUGAGGUGGAGAUCUCCAUCACUGAUGAUACCUUCACUGGGGAGCGAUAUGUCAACCUAACUGUGGAUGUUCCAGUGUCCAGGCCUUUUGUUCACAUGGUGGCCUCAUCCGUCCUGGAGCUGACUGAGUUCUUCAUACUCAACUGCACUCACAAUAGUGGCACCAAACCCACUUAUAGCUGGCUGAAGGGUGGGAAAACUUUGACCAAUGACUCGCGUCUGCUCCUGUCACAUGACCAGAAGGUCCUGACCAUCUCCCGUGUUGUGAUGUCAGAUGAUGACGUCUACAGCUGCAGGGUGGAAAACCCCAUCAGCAGUAUGAAGAGCCUGCCUGUCAAACUCACUGUCUACAGACGGAGUUCUCUAUAUAUCAUCCUCUCCACGGGAGGCAUUUUCUUACUCAUCACCUUGGUGACUGUUUGCGCCUGUUGGAAACCCUCCAAAAAAAAAAGACAACAGCUUGCCAGACAGAGCAGGCAAAAUUUAGCAGAGCAGAGUAACGACAAUCAUGAUGUUGAUAUCGUGCCUGCUAGAAAUUACCAUAAUCGUCGGAACCCAGGUGGACUAUAUGUCCUCAAUGAAACGGAUUUCCCUGAGGGAACAGAUGAGUCUUCCUGUAAUUAUAUCACCCCUACUGAUCCCCUCAGCCCGCCUUGUUAUCCCAACAUGGCUCCACCUUCUGCACACUCUCCAGAUGCUUAUAUGCAUUCAGGAAGAAGAUACCCCCGUACUCCCGUCCCCUCUCCUCCAUCAACCCCUCAUUCGACUCUCACUCCACCCCUCUCCUGUCCCCAACACCUGGGCAGCUUAACACGCAAGCCCCACCCUCCAAGACUAAGCCCCACCCCUCCACACGGAGAAGAACUUCCAGUUGAACCAGAAAACAAUAUGCACUACCACAGCCUUACCCGAUGAGCAAGACGGAUGGAGAGAUUUAAAUGUAAAAUGUCAAGGAUAUUAUCAGAAUAUGAGAUUAUGUAUGUGGGUAUAGGAAUUUUAUUUAGUCAUUUUUAUUAGUUAUCCUAUGUAAAUUUUAGUAUUUCAUGCUUUCCAAAAGCUAUAGGUGAAUGAAUUGUGCACAAGGCCAAAACUUAUAAUGGCAAACUUAACUAAUACCAGAGGAUUACAUGGAUGUACUGGAUGGUUUAUUUGUUUUUUGUUUUUUAAUACUAAUAGAGCAAUUUGCUUUCAUCAUUCACUUUCAGGACUUUUUUUUCAGCUGUGGUUUAAGAAAUAGCUUAAACUAAACCAAUAUAAUCCUAUAAAUAGAAAAAUAUACAGUUUAAUUUCAGCUAUAAUUGAGCAUUAUUGGGAUCUGUAAGGGUUUAUAUGAUUUCUUUAUGCCAGUAUUAAAAUGAUUUUAUUC